ACGAUAGGCCGUUUUAUCUCGAAGACGUAACAUAUCGAAGGUUUCAUCAAGUUAAAGUCAUUCUGUUUUUCACAAAGUAAUGGCUUGCGAGGGACAAGUUUGGAGCAGGCUAUUACUGGAUCUCAAAGAACUUGCUGAUCAUCCAGACAGUCUUAUCUCGGCAUUUCCUUCUGGAGAUAGCAUUUUGGAGUGGAUUGCAACAAUUCAAGGAGGAAAAGAUACGGUCUACGAUGGGAAAAAGUACAAACUAACCUUUGAAUUUCCAAGCACAUAUCCUCACAAACCUCCUGUAGUCAAAUUCAAGACGCCAUGUUAUCACCCUAAUGUGGACGACAAAGGAAACAUCUGCCUAGACAUUCUAAAGGAUAAAUGGACAUCUGCAUAUGGCGUUAGAAGCAUAUUGCAUUCCAUUCAAGCAUUAUUAGGAGCACCAAACAAUGACAACCCACUUAAUGUUGAUGCAGCCCAAAAAUGGAAUAAUAAAGCUGUUUUCAAAGAUAAAAUGAGGGAAUUCGAGAGCAAGUACCCCAUCACUGAGUAACCUCGUGGCAAUUAAUUGUUAGUUAGGCGAAGAAGUGAUUAAUUUGAAGUGAAAUAAUUUAUGUUUGAAAAGCAUGUUGCUAUGUUUAAGUGGAAUAUAAUUAUUUCGGGAAAACUUCAGACGCAUAAAAUUCUGUUUCUCUUUGCUUUUAAUGUACUGGCUUGCGGUCUUAAAAUUUGUUGUGCAAGUAAAGUUUUUAGAUUUCUGUACUCUUGGUUUGGUUAUGACCUUGCAGAAAACUUUAUCUUCUAGCUUGUCAAAUAUUGUAAAUACAUGUACAGCAUAAUUUCAAAUUGAAAAUAAAGGCUUUGUGUUUCUGGAUUUGACUUUUUAA